AGUCUUCUUUUUUUGCUCGACGUCGUUCACUUCGAACAACACAUUUAUUCGACACAAAUAUUCCGUAAAGGAUUCGCCUAAAACGAAAGGCUCGACAGACCCGACUUAUUGUGCCAUUGUACUUUUUUCUUUUUUCUCGUCGCCAAUUUACUGUUGUGACCGAUCGCUUUGACUCUUUAUUCUAGACUGACCGCCGACCUUCCACUUACAUCUUAUAAUACACAUUAAAAUCUAACUCACUAAAACAAACAUACUAACACACAUUAUUUACUACUUCCAUAUACUACAUGUCCCAAGCACCGGUUAUGACUGCUGGCAUCUUCUGUGGAACGACCAAACCCGAAUCUGCAGAAGAAUAUCUUCGUCCAAUGGUGGUCGAAAUGAAUGAUUUGAUGCAGCGUGACAUAAUCGUUCAUGGAUGUCAUGUCGCCAUAAGACUGCGCGCAAUCGUGGCAGACACUCCUGCGAGGGCAUUCAUCAAAGGAGUCAAGGGACACACCGGAUACGACAGCUGCUUGAAAUGUACCGUCGUCGGCAAAUACAGUCAGGCAGGAUGUACAAUGACAUUUCCUGGUACAAAUGCUCUGCAACGAACGGAUAAGUGUUUUAGGGACAAUGCAUAUCCUGGACAUCGCAAGACGGAAACGCCGUUGGUGGAUUUGCAAUUCUUCAACAUCAUCAAGGACAUACCAACACCGCAUGGUGAGGAAUAUAGCAGUGCGGAACACCAUCAUCCACCGGCUCGGGUUGUUCUUCAGCCGUCGUUCCACACCAACGAAUCGUCGAUCCGCAAUUUCCUUGGAUGA